UGAUGGUAGUAAAGAGGAGGGUAGAGUUGUUAUAGUUAAUGAUAACAACACAGCCAUUGUAUCAUGCACACCUCAAAGUAUUGGUGGAUAUGAACUAUCAGUGACUAUAAGAGGUCGCCAUAUUAAAGGUAGUCCUUAUCAACUGUCAGUAAAAGCAUCAAGAGACUAUACCACACUAACUAACCAGAGAUCCUUUCAUGUGGGGAAUUAUACUGCUGGUGUUACUGUUCAUACUAAUGGUGAAGUAUUUGCUAGUAGUAGUGAUGGGUUUGUUCAGAUAUUUAGUGAGGCUGGUACUGCAGUAAGAAGGAUUGGAUCUAAAGGUAAUGGUGAUGGACAGUUUGACUAUCCUUGGAGUUUAUUGCUAAUAGGAGACAGGCUCUAUGUGUCUGAUAAUAAUCUUCAUCGUGUGCAGUAUUUCUCAGCUACUACUGGUAAUAUAUUAGUAGCUGAUUUCAGCAACAAAAGAGUACAAGUGUUUAAAGAUGGUACAUUUGUACAAGUCAUACAAUGUGAUGGCAAUGCAACUGAUGUAGCAGUUGAUAAUGAAGGAAAGAUACACAUUACCAUUUGGUAUCAACAUCAUGUUCAAGUCUUCUCUCCUGAUGGUAAAACUCGUCUUGAUACAUACUAUAAUAAUCCAGCUGGUAACUUUAAUGAUCCUUAUGGUAUUGCUAUUGAUGAUGAAGGAUAUAUCUUUGUAUCAUGUAACAAUGGUUAUCUUCAUGUACUGAGUCCUGACAGGAAACAAGUCAAAUUAAUCUCAGGAUUAUCUAAUCCAUGGGGUGUAGCACUGGAUAAGGAUGGAUAUAUUUAUGUUGCUGAAUAUGGUAACAAAUGUAUAACGAAAUAUUAA